AUGGCCAAACAAGUGGGGCAAACGGAGGUGCCGGGUCAAGCCGGCCAUGCCGCAAUAGGGGCCCUAGCCCAGGAGAUGGCGGGGGCAUUGAGGGAGUCCAUGAACAUACUAAGGGCGAAGACCCAAGUGAGGGAGAAUGUCGCCGAGACUAGACCUAGCUUCCUCACGAGGGAGUUUUUAAGGGCCAAGCCGGAUGAAUUCCAUGGCGGCCUCGAUCCAAAGAAAGCGGACGAAUGGUUGGAACAAAUCGUGAAGACAUUUGUAAUGCUUCACAUAGAUGAUGGCGAGUUGAGGGUGACCCUUGCUAGUUAUUAUCUCAAAGGUGACGUCGGCCAAUGGUGGGAAUAUGCAAAGGGCCGGAUAGCACCAACGUGGGAGGCAUUUGUGACGGCCUUCCAAGACAAGUACCUACCUCCUACGGCUCGGGAGAGGUUGAGGCAGGAAUUCAAGGACCGUAAGCAAUUGAAUAUGUCCGUGGCCGAAUUCGAAGCGGCCUUUUCUAGUUUGUCCCUGUUUGCACCGGAGUUGGUAGCGACGGAGGAGCGUCGUUGCUUUGAGUUUGAGCAGAGGUUGAGGACAAAGAUUUUGUUCAAGGUUGCUGGGAACAUGAUUUGA